GCAUGAUGUGAUAUUCUAUAAUAAAACUAGAUGCUAUCUAGUCAGUACUUCAACAGAAAGCUGGAUAGAGACACUCAGUCACAUCAAGCUACGAGAAAGUAUAUCAUCAUCUCACAGAAUUCUGCUCGAAUACCGCAUCAAAAUCAGACUUUGAAAAUGGCGUCAAAAACCAUGAUUGCUCUCUACUUUCUGAUUGCCUUGGCCGUGGCAGCAAGUGUUUUUGUCCAGGAAGAUGAGAUCGAAAAUUCCGCUGCGUUGAGUGCCGAGGAGAACCAUAUCAGCGUUACAGAGGAUGGAGUUUGUGAUGGUCUGAGUGGAAAUGCAAAAGAUUUGUGUCUGCAUGGCGGAGCUCAGGGGAAAUAAGCGCAUCGAAAAGUUCGUGAAGCAUACUAGUUGGAUCUUUUCCAUGUGCCUGUGGUCACACGUCUUCUCUGUUUGUUGAGACCUUUGUCAAAUCGAUGCGAGAAAAAAAAAUCAUCGGUGAUCAGCCAUCACUGACCUUAAUCCUAACCCCAACGAAUUCAUAACUUUGCCUCUAAAAUAUAAAAAAAAUCAAUAACUAUAUCUAGUCCAUUUUGAAUCUCGUUUCAAAAGUAAAGUAUCAAUAUGCUUAUAUAAAGCCCAAUAUAGUUUUGUGUUGACAACAGGUUCGUCAAUUCACUAGAAAUUUGAUUGUUGAUAUAAUGCAUUAAAGAGUACAAUUUUGUACAUGUGCUCCAUAAUUUAUGUAGAAAAAAACGUGCAAAGGAAACCAUUGAGGUGUAUACAUCAAUAAGAAUCAAUGAUCUAAAUUCUAAACAGUAUGUUCCGAUUGUAAAUUGUCAAAUUUUUGAUCAGCAGCUUCAUUCUCUGACACAUUGUGCACAAAAGGGUCUCAUUAAAUGCAAUGACGUAAUAA